AUGUCACCACAAAUCGCCGGUUUGACAUUUCGAAGUUCGAACAAUUCCGAUUCGAAUCGAAUUCGUUUUUUUGCAAAGUAAAUUGUUGCAUAAUAAAUUGUUUUCAAUUUCUUCAAAUACUAUUGGGUAGAUAAUUUCGCCGGUUGUUGGCAGCUACGCUUGGACUCAAAUAACUAUGUUCGGCACACGCGGGAUUGGCAAGCUAAUUCGAACUGCAGGCGCAUCUCGGCAGAAGCACACCCUACCAGAACUGCCAUAUGACUACAAUGCACUGGAGCCAGUCAUCAGCAGGGAAAUCAUGAGCUUGCACCACAGCAAACAUCAUGCCACCUACGUUAACAACUUGAACGCAGCUGAGGAGAAACUGGCACAAGCUCAAGCUAAAGGUGACAUCUCAACAAUCAUCAACUUGGCUCCAGCCCUCAAGUUCAAUGGGGGUGGACAUAUCAACCACACCAUCUUCUGGCAGAAUCUGUCUUCUAGCGGUGGUAGUCCAUCUGGUGCACUUGAUCAAGCUAUUAAGAAAGAUUUUGGAUCAAUGGAAAACAUGAAGAAUCAACUAGCUGCAGCAUCGGUGGGCGUUCAGGGAUCAGGAUGGGGCUGGCUUGGAUACAAUAAGCAGAUGAAGAAAUUGCAAAUUGCUACUUGCCAAAACCAAGAUCCUUUGGAACCUACGACAGGUAUUGUACCUCUAUUCGGAAUCGACGUUUGGGAACACGCAUACUAUCUUCAAUACAAGAACGUCCGCGCUGAUUACGUCAAAGCAAUAUUCGACGUCGCUAACUGGAAGGAUAUUUCAGCGCGAUACGAAAAAGCCAUUAAGUAGAUCAGUACCAAUAAAAACUGCAUUUUAUAUAUAUUCUUGCAAAGCAAAGACUUGAACGCUGUAACCACAGGUUAAGAUGUAGACUCUAGAAAGUUACUUGUGAUGCCUUGUUAAGACAAAUCGUAAUAUAAUUAUUAUGCCCCCAAA